AUGGCCAAAAAUGAAGAAGAAAAAGGGGGAAAAAAAGGAAAAAAAGGAAAGAAAGAUUGUUUGAAUGGUUCUGCCCAGAAUUAUGAUCUCAGACAUCUAAAUCUAUGCCGUGUUCCUGCAGGACUAGGAAAUCUCCAUACCGACGCGUAUCUUUCUGCCAAAGUGCACAGUUGUUCCACAACAGAAGGAGAACAGGAACAGCGAUUGAAGAUAGCCCAGGAACAACCUACUUUAAUGUGGGCACCCACAGGAUUUUGUGCAGCGUCUCUUCGAAACUGCAGCCAGGUUCUUCCUAUAACGUAUAAAUUAUGUUUGGACAACCCGACGACCAGGUAUUUAUGGAUAAGUGUAUUUAAAUGGUCAUCGAGGAGCUUUAAUCUCCAAUUCAACUCGAGGGCCUGGCACCAGAGAAACCUAGCUACUCUGUUUGAGCUUCAUUUUGACCAAGGUACGUAUCUUAGUAGUGGAUUUAUACUCUUGAGAAGUUUAACAUACAAGAUGCGUUUUGAUUCUCUGGUCUACCUGUCCUUCGUUGGACUUGCUGCUUCUGCGGCAAUUAACCUUCGAGGCGUUGGUGAUAAUGCCCAUUUGAACCAUCGUCGGCAGCCGCAAUUAGGCGGAGUCGGUGGGCUUUUGGGGGCCCUCGGAGGCCUAGGAGGAACCCUCGGGGGCCAGCCGCCAACCGCAAACAGCGCUCUUGACGGUGCCUCAGACUUGGAUGCCCUCAAUGCACUGGAAAAAAAUAGGAGCCCAAGCCCCACCGGCAUGGCAAGCGAAACUGAGGCAGCUCCCAUGGGAAGCGGUUCUCCUGAUUCUCUUGCCACAGGUGCAAGCCAGGUGGCGGUUGCAUCUCCAACCCCAGAGAGUGCACCCAUGCCAAACUCACCAGAAGCAAGUCAAUCCGCAUCUAAGCCAAUGCCCUCAAUGUCACCUAGCGGCCAACGUGAUGAUGAAACCCAGCCAAUGACCCCCCAAGACCAGUCCCAACCCAUGGGAGGUACGCAAAACUCCAUGGCUGAAGAUCCAAGGCAAUCAGCGACCAUGGGAGAUGAGACAACGCAACGCCAAAAUAUGGUCAAGCAGCCAGAGCAACCAGAGACCGUAGGCAACGAGGCAGAGCCAAUGCCCGAAUCUCAAGGUGAAAGUGCGCCUAUGCCGACUACCAGCGCAGAGCCUGUUGCCAAUGGCCCCAGCCCACAGGAAUCUGGUAUGCCAGGGCGCCAACCACGCCCUUCUACACCACAAAAUGAGAAGAUGGCCUCCCAGCAAUCUGUGUCUCCAGCGGCUGCUAACACUGCCUCCGCCGCAAAUGAUCCAACUCCCACACCUUCUUCCCUCUCCCUCUUGGAUAUCAUCAACUCAGAUGAUGACAGACAAUUGGAGGGACAGGCGUUGGAUUCAUUAAAGGGAUCUGAAAAGUCGUCCCUUCCAGCCUCUGCCGCUAGUGGACAACCUACACCUGACUCAGCAUCGCCAAUGGCCUCGGUUGCUGCUGUCAGUGGACAGCCCACACCUGCCUCAGUAUCGCCAAUGGCCUCGGUUGCUGCCGUCAGUGGACAGCCCACACCUGCCUCAGUAUCGCCAAAUGCAUCGGGCGCUGCCGUCAGUGGACAGCCCACUCCUGCCUCCGCAUCACCCUCAUCACAAGACACAGUAGCUCCAGAGUCAAUGGAGGAGCAGAAUAAAGAGGUAAUUAGGGGGAUAAGGGAAGCUCCUUUUUUUUUUAUCGUUUCUAUUAGAAAUGCCACUGUCUUGCCAGUGUCGUUUUCAAAGUUACUGAUACUAUCCUUUCUCUCUCGGAGGUGGAACAACCCAAAGACCACCUUCAGCUUCAUAAGGGAAGAUGAACAUCUUGCCUGCCAUUCCUUGCCUUGUUAUUCAUAUUUGUACGCUUCUGUGUCUUUUCAUACUGAGCUUGUACGAACCAAUACUGUCGUUAACUCAAUGCAACGAGAUCUUAUACACCGAAUGCAUCGAUGA